AUGAACAAUAUCAGAUCAAACAGACUGUGCGCAGCCUUUUACAGAACGCACCAUUGCCCGUACCUACUGCAAUCUGUCUCAGUGAAUAGUGCUAGACGAAGACCAACAGUAUACGUGAUAUGCAAUGUUGCUCGCGCGACCAGAAACGACUUUUCAACAUCCUUGAGAUCGAGUGAUACUGUACAGCCUGAACCAUCAGCGCCUCUGCAGGAUGUCACAUCCUUUUGGCCAUCAACGGCUCCGACAAUCGUCACCACAAGUCGUAAUGCGACAGUCCCGAAGCCAGGCUUACCGCAGUCAUGUCCAGGAUGCGGUGCCCUAACUCAGAAAUCACAACCCGACGAAGCAGGCUAUUAUUCCACUUCUCGACGAGCUAUCAAGGACUAUCUUCGAAAGCAGAAAGCUGCUAUACGUACGUCCAGCGAUCAUGAACCCGGGGAGGAACACGAAGAACACAACGAAGAGGAGGAAGAAGCAGUUCCAGAAGACCACAAAGGCCCAGAAACCGCACAGAUAGCAGCACGAUCGACAGAGCAGACGACUUUAAGAGUGCCCAUGUGUGAUCGAUGUCACGAUCUACUUCACAACUCUCGUGGACGUUCUAUAGCGCAUCCGUCACUGGAUGCUCUGGCAGACUCAAUCGCUGAGUCACCUUUUAAGAGAAACCAUGUCUAUCAUGUGCUGGAUGCAGCCGAUUUUCCCAUGUCAGUGGUGCCAGAUAUAUUCUCCAAACUCACUCUGGCACGACCUCGAUCGCAGAAUCGUAGAUCACAACACGACUUUUCGUCGAAGCCUACAGUCUCUUUUAUCAUUACACGAUCUGAUUUACUGGGCUCAACCAAAGAGAUGGUAGAUUCUAUGAUGACCUAUUUCCAAACCGUACUUCGAACAGCCUUGGGUCGGGCUGGAAGGGACAUGCGGUUGGGAAACGUGCACCUUGUGUCUGCAAAAAGAGGUUGGUGGACAAAAGAGGUCAAGGAAGAGAUAUGGAAAAGAGGCGGUGGGAACUGGAUGCUGGGUAAAGUGAACGUUGGCAAAUCGAAUCUCUUCGAAGUCCUAUUCCCGAAAGGCUCGGGUGAACGUGCACCAGUGUAUGCUGAACUACGUGCAAAACACGAGAAACAAGACUCCUUGCGGACAGAAAGAGAUAGCGAAGAGGAGGAAGAGCUGGAUUUGCUGGAAGAGAACCACCUGCUACCCCCAGCACAACCUGAGACACCGUUUCCAGUGUUACCUCUUGUUUCUAGCCUGCCAGGAACAACAGCAUCGCCCAUUCGAUUACCUUUUGGCGGCCAUAAAGGAGAACUGAUUGACCUGCCAGGCCUCGCCCGUGGCGACUUAGAAAUCCACGUGAAGCCAGAGAACAGAACUGAUCUCGUGAUGACGAGCCGCCAGACUGUUGAGCAACAUAUUGUGAAGGCUGGCCAGUCACUCGUCCUAGGGGGAGGUCUUAUACGUAUCUCCCCUCAGCUUGACGUCAACGACCGGAGCAUGACGAUGCUGGCAUAUGCAUUCGUGCCUCUUAAGACGCACACCACGUCUACCACGAAAGCUGCCGCUCAACAAGUAGAGCAACGCGAAAACGGCUUGAAAUCCGUGGUAGCAGAAGGUGCAGGUGCGCAUAUGGCAUCUGCAGGAACGCUCGAGCUAUCUACAGAUGUCACAAAGUAUCGAGCGGCGUCGCUUCUUAGAGCUGGAGUUCAGCUGUCGAAUCUGCCUUUUCGUGUGUAUGCCACGGACAUCCUAAUCGAAGGUCUAGGAUGGGUUGAGCUAGUGUGUCAAGUUCGGCGACGAGGCGUCUCUCAGCCAGCCUCGGAAGCUGUAGCGCCCGCAGCUCAGAAAAUCGAGGAUGCGCCAAGCAGAGAUCCACAACAUUCUCCUCGCGACGAUGAUUUCGCACCUUUUGGUCAGCGACCUUUCUCGGCGAACCAAGAAAAGACGUUUCAGUUUCCAAAAGUUGAGGUUUUUAGUCCUAAUGGCAAGCAUAUUGCGCAGCGGCCAAGUUUGCAAGCUUGGAUGAGGUGGACGGAAGGUCGGAAGCAGAAAGAUACACAGAAGACCAAGAGACCUAGAAGGGCCAUGAAGGGACGGCAAGCUUGA